GACGAAUCCCGCUCAUAUUUAAAUCAUUACAAACAGUCGCAGUCGUCGAACAUUUCGCAAGUUGUGCAAUCCGAAACCCGAAGAUGUCUUUAUUCCCGCUGAUAUUCAGGGAGAUGGCGAGGCCACUUCGAAUGAUGGAACAUCAAAUGCGAUUGGCCGAAGAACUGUUCCCACUGAUGGCGUACCCAAGGAUUCGAGACGCGAGCGAUGGAAAAGAAUCGGUCACUCAGGAUCGCGAAAAAUUCCAAGUGAAACUCGACGUGGAGAACUUCGCGCCGGAGGAAAUUACGAUCAAGGCGCUCAACGGGAACGCAAUCGUUGUCGAGGCCAAGCACGAGAAGAACGACGAAAACGGAAGCAUUUCACGACAAUUGUUUAGAAAAUUCGUCAUCCCCAAAGGGCACGAUAUGAAGAAGGUCGAGUCGAUGUUGUCAUCGGACGGAGUACUCACCAUAACCGCCCCCAACAAAGUCGAGCAGGUGGAGGAACGUUCCAUACCGAUUACCCACGUUGAUGCUAGCGAGGGAAAAAGUUAGAAUUUGUUUGUAGAAAAUAGUAUUUUAUGUGAUUGAAAUAAUCAGGUUUAAUUAUACAGUUUAAAAGGC